GAAACGUCAUCGUUUACCCGCGUUUGUUGAACAACCCACUUUGUUUGGCGGGAUUGAGUUAAGGACGAGCGGCUCCAUCGUCUAAUCGGAACCAUGCAGUUUUCAAGCAGAAGAAGGAAAAACAAUAUCAACCCUCAGACGGAGCUCUAUGGACAUGCUCUGCAGUUCUAUGGGCAGCCUCCUCUUGAAAACAUCUCUCUCUCCGAAUUUGAGACAUUCGCUGUGGACAGAUUGAAAUUGUUGAAGACCAUUGAGAAUUUAGGAGUGAGCUACGUGAAACUGUCAGAGCAGUACGCAAAGAAACUGGAGGCUGAGUUUAAAAACCUGAACUUUCCUUACAGACCCGAUGCUGACGACAGAAAAAUUCAGAGUGGACCAAGUGAAUAUGAGAAACGAAGAAAGGACCACAUCUCCCACUUCAUUCUCAGACUUGCCUACUGCCAAACGGAGGACCUGAGACGGUGGUUUAUACAACAGGAAGUUGAUCUAUUCCGCUACCGCUUCAAUGACCUGCCUCCAAAACACAAGCUUGAAUUUCUCCACAGAAAUAAUCUGGCAUAUGACACAAUUAGUGUCGAGGAGAAGAAGACCCUGCUGGAUAAACUCGUCAACUCCAGUUACGCCGUCAGUGGAAUCACUGUGGAGGAUCAGGACUUCUACAAAGUUCCAUUUCAAGAUGCCCUGGAUCUGGUGCGGACAAGGAGAGUUUACCUCAAAGCAGGCUACGUGUACAUCCCUCACCAGGACAUUGUCACCAUUGUUCUCAACGAUUUCCGUACUAGGCUUUCCAAAGCUCUCGCACUGACAGCCCGCUCGUUACCAGCAGUGCAUUCUGAUGAACGGCUCCAACCGCUCCUUAACCACCUCAGUCAUGCCUAUGUGGGACAGGAUUACAGCAUCCAGAAGAACGUUGGAAAGAUCUCCUUGGAGCAAAUUGAUUCACUUUCAGGAAAGUCAUUCCCACUCUGUAUGAGGCAGCUCCAUCAGAACCUAAGAGAGAGCCACCAUCUCCGCCAUGGCGGUCGUAUGCAGUACGGCCUCUUCCUCAAAGGCAUCGGCCUCUCUCUGGAGCAAGCGCUGCAGUUCUGGAGGUCAGAGUUCAUCAGAGGCAAAGUGGACGCGGACAAGUUUGACAAAGCAUAUGCCUACGGCAUCCGCCACAUGUUUGGCAAAGAAGGCAAGCGAGCAGACUACACCCCCUACAGUUGCAUGAAGGUGAUUUUAUCAAACCCACCCAGCCAAGGCGACCAUCAUGGAUGUCCAUUCCGACACAGCGACCCAGAACUGCUGAAGCAGAAGCUUCAGUUCUACAAGGUGUCCCCCAGUGGAAUCAGUCAGAUCCUGGAGCUGGUUAAAGGCAUGCACUAUCAGCUGGCGUGCCAGAAGUACUUUGAACUGACACACAAUAUUGAGGAGGCCAGUUUCUCUCUCAAUCACCCCAACCAGUACUUUAUAGAGAGCCAGAGAGUUCUGGGCGGAGGCAAGGACAUAAAGCGAGAGAUGGACACUCCACAGAGGUCGCAGGAUAGCGCCGUUGCCAAAGGAUCCGGUGCAGCUCGAGAGGCAGCAGCAAACGCCCCCCAGGGUUUGGCUGAGAUGACAGAGGAUCUGGACUCUUUCUUUCAGGAUGCCUGACUUUAUUUUUUGUUUCUUUUAUACGCGUAGAAAUAAAUGUACGUUUGUCUUUUCUAUGAGGACUGGGGGUUUGGUGACAGUCCAUAUUCUGACUUCCACUUAUCUGUAUCUGAUGUGUUAAGUAUUAAAGUUGCAUCUCGGUAAUUUCAUGAUCUGUUAGUCUACGCAGACAAUGAGUUAACCUUGACAGUACAAUAGUCAACCUCAAUCUUCAAACCAAAAGCUGUUUUCUACCUUUAAGAGUUCCUUGUGAACAUGUAAGCGUAAACAUAUCAUUCAUUUUUCCAUUUAACCCGAGUGUUAAAAGUCUCUAGGUUCUCUUCCUUUGUUUUCACCGUGGUCUGAACUCAGGCUGCUUAUAGCCAGUCUCAGUGCACAGUGUUUUGGCAGGGACAUGGUUUUCGGGGUGAUGAGUAGAACAUUUCCCAGCUGUCACAGAAACAAUGUCAUUGUAUUUGCUGGCAGGAGUAUGGAUGAAUGGUGGCAGGAGGAUGGAUGAAAAAUAAACAAUUUCCUCAGUUGUA